GCGGGCGACUCAUACUUUCGGCUUUUAGCCCCGGUUAAAUUUUCCGGCUUUUCCUGUACGCGUUCGAUAGCUAGAUAUAAAUUUUCCGUAUCUAGAAGUUACUGAGUGCUACAGUGACUUAAGUCAGAACGAUGGAUUUCCGAAACGCACCCAAGAAACGAACAACGAAUUUCCGUGAAGACGAGACCAAGCUUUUGAUUCAGCUCUGGGGAAGUCCCUCAGUCCAAAACAAGCUCUAUCUGACUCACAGAAAAGCCCCCGUGAUGAGACUCAUCGCUGCCAACAUGCAGAAGCACGGCUUCUACAGAACUCCCGACGAAAUCAAGACAAGAAUUCGAAAUUUGAAGUGUUUGUAUCACAGGAUCAAAAAAUCGAUGACUACAGGCGCUGGAAUAGGUACAGUGGACCCCGACUGGCCUCAUUAUAAAUCUAUGGAUGAGAUAUUGAGCAGGAAAAAUGCCCUGAGGCAGAGUUUGGUGUACAAUCCCAAUUUGCUCAGCGAGGUGAACAGUGAGACCACUGUGAAGCAAGAGGUUGAGGAUAUCGAUUUUGACGAUGAUAUCGGGUCUUAUACCUCUAAUAGUAAUGGAUCUGAUGAUGAGUUCGAAGAAAACCCAGCUUUCCCGGCAACGAUCACCCCAACCAUCAUCGAAGGAGAAAUCGAUGAAAAGCACAUAAUUCCUAUCAAAAUAGCCCCCAAACCGUCAUCCCCAAUCAAAAGCCCACCGCCUCCGCCAACCCCUUUCCACAGAAUUCAAAUCUCCCCAAACCUACUCGCCAAAACACCUAAAAUGCCACAAACUACCGUUUCGUCCACUUCUACCAUCGUCCCCACUACUAAUUCCAAGGUUCAGAAUGCACCACCUUCCGCUAUUCCAGCUGGAUCAACAGUUAACAAGUCUAAUAACCAGCCUAUUCCUUUUCCUUUAUUGAUAUUGAACGGUGUGCCUAAUGGGGUGCAAGCGUCACAAAAUGGUGGAAGCGGGGGUACCUUGGGACAGAAGAAUUGUGCAGUGGGUCCUCCUGUAAAUUUGAAUGGUCUGAACUCAGAUAUAUCAAAAAUCCUGAAGGACAUGCUAGAAGUCCAAAAAGAAAAUCUAGAAGUAGAGAAAGAACGCCUCCAAUUAGAAAAACAAAAACUAGCCUACGAAAGAACAGUCGGAUCACAAUUCUUAACCAUGGCACCCGUUUUCAACGAGAUCUUCAAGAAAUUCAAACACCUGAACAAAUCCGACGAAAAUGCCCACCCUUCUGAGCAAGAAGACGUGAAAACCUUCAAACACCACCCCAAAUUCGACAAAGAUUCUGACAUUUGUCGUGUGUCAAAAAGGCGCAGGGUUGACAGUUCGGUUGAAGGCGGUGUCGUGGCUGACAGUACCAGAAAAAGUACUCAGGAGACCGAGUCAAGUCACAGUGACACUGAUGCUGACAGCGGUAUAGUAGUAAACGAAAACGCCGAGGCUAUAUAAGUUUCUCACUAACUCUGAUAAGAUUUAAAUAAUUUCAGUACCUACCAUACGAUCGAAAAAAAAAACAACGUCAAAGAAGGCUAGUAAAUGACAGUCGAUGAUAAUUUUGGCGAGGUCAAGCCCUAGAGGGCGUGUUGUAGAAGGCAGUUGUCCUUGAGAAGUUUAUAAUUUAUUUUUAUGUUGAGUAAAAAUGUUUUUUUUUUUAAUUUUAUGUCAAAACUGUCAUUUACUAGCCUUCUUUGACGUUGUUUUUUUUUUCGAUCGUACGGUAUAAUUUCAAUCAGUUGAAGUUAUAGAGCUUUAACUUUAAAAUUGACGUUUUGUGUCCUUUUUUUAUCCUUUUUCUCGUCAACCAAAAUAAAUAUACAACUUUUAUAAUUUUCUUUGAUUAAAAAUGUCGUCAUAGGAUGCAUAGAAAUACUAUUUUAUUUUUACUAUAUUUUUUACAAAAAUAUACUUCUUUAUUGCUACUUUAAGUAGGGAUAAUAUAUUUUUAUCGUUAGCAGGGGCUUUAUUUUUCAAAAAAUACAUACAGGUUGGCGCAUCUCAUUCGCCUCAGUUCAUCAUAUACGAAAACGGAAAGAUAUUGAAGCAAAAUAUUUUAU